CGCCGCCGCCGCCGCCCGUCCGACAGUCGCCGUUCUACAUUGUCGGACGUCUGUCGUUCGUCCCCGUCGCGCGUCGCGGUCAGUGCUGUGUGUGUCAGUCUUGUGUGUCGCAGUGUGCGCGCGCCAGGUCGUCCGCUUCGCAAUACAUCCGUCGUUGACUCGGGUCCGGAUCCACGUCGUCUGCGGUUCCCGGCGGACGCGUAGUCGUCUCUACUCGUCGUCCACGCAGCGGUUCUUCUCGGACGCCACCGCCGCCGUCGUCAGAUCUUUUUCGAAAAACGGUCCGAUCGCGCCCCGGCGGCGCGGAUGGGCUGACGCGCCGUGCCGAAAUCGCAACGGACAUCAUCUGCCGAUAUGGACAGAACAUUAUGGAAGAAUACAAUAACUUCAUAUGCCGGGUGGUUUACUAACUCAUUACGUCGACGAAGAUCAAUAUUAUUUGGACUCAUACUCAGCAUACUUCUUUUUGUAGUGUGUAUACAGUACAAUACAUCAAAUGAUAUAGGUAUUCAAAGCAUUCAAAACACUAUAGUGAUGUCUGAGUUUGAUGGUGAUGAACAACCUUCAAAUAAAUACCAAUCACCUGCGCCAAUUUCGGGUACAGUUAGAAAAAUGAAAAAUGAAGAAGACGUCAAUUUCAUUGAAGAACUGCAGCAGCCGGCUCGUAAAAGCCGACGUAUUCAGAUCAAUUCCGAACUACAACAAUCACUACCUUACGUGCCUCCCCAACGACUAGUACACAUCGAUUUCAAAGGAGCGCCGCCCAAGUUGCUUUACCUUCAACAACUUUUCCCGUUGAUAAAAAGAUUCGGUGGGACAGGUCUUUUGCUUGAAUGGGAAGACAUGUUUCCUUGGAGUGGAAAUCUGUCCCCGAUAGCAGCCAGUAACGCGUAUUCCAAAGCAGAUAUUAGAGAAAUAUUGAAAAUGGCCGCGAUUAAUGGAUUGGAAGUAAUCCCGCUAAUACAAACGUUCGGUCACGUGGAAUUUGCAUUGAAACUACAUGAUUUUGCACAUUUAAGAGAAGUCCAAGAGUCACCACAAGCACUCUGUCCAUCGUUUAACGCUUCUAUGAAGUUUGUCGAACAAAUGGUUGACCAAAUCCUCGAGAUUCAUGGGAAUGUUAACUACUUACAUAUUGGCUGUGACGAAGUGUUCCACAUGGGAGAAUGUUUCAGGUGCAGGUCGAAAGCCAGAGAAGAUUUAUUCUUAUCGCAUGUCAAGCAAGUGGCCACAUAUGUACGCACUAAAUCUCCAAAUACAAUUCCAAUUAUAUGGGAUGACAUGUUGAGACAUUUGCCCUUAGCCACAAUGCAGUUAUACGAUAUUGGAAAAUUAGUGGAACCAAUGGUGUGGGUGUACGCCGAGGAUGUGUAUAGAUUUGUUAUGCAGAAUGUUUGGGAAAAAUAUCAAAUUGUAUUCCCGAAUGUGUGGACUGCUAGCGCUUUCAAAGGGGCAUUCGGUGAAACUUUAUACGUUCCAAACGUUAAGAGACAUUUGGAAAACAAUUUAAAUUGGUUACAAUUGAUGUCCAACGAAAAUAGUCGGUUUACAGGUGGUUUUAAAGGAAUUGUCAUCACUGGUUGGCAGAGGUAUGAUCAUUUUGCUGUUCUAUGCGAGGUAUUACCGUCAUCCAUACCAUCGAUGGUCGUUAAUCUUUUGGCAACUACAAAUGGCUACAUGAAUCAGUCGCUGCAAACCGAUUUGAACGAAGGACUUAAUUGUGGUAUUUUUGGCCACAACAACGAAUAUGACGGAGAUUUUUUGAACUUAAAUAAUGAUCCUCAUCUUUGGGAACAGUUCUCGAGAUGCACAUUUCCCGGGAAUACAUUUUUUCGGUUGCUAUAUAGACUACACAACAUUGAAUUGGACUACAAUGAAUUUAUAUUGGUGACCAAAAAGAAUCGUGGAUGGAUGACUAGUUACAACGUAGAACAUGAAUUUUCAUCUCCGCUUCGUGUCGACGAACUAAUGAAUGAUCAUUCUCGUAUUUAUAGAUCGCUUUUAUCUUUGGUUAGACCUUUUCAGGAAUCGAUGACUGGGAUAUUUGAUAAAUACACCAUAUCCGAAUGGAUAGAACAAAGAAUUUAUCCAAUGAUUAGAGAAAUGGAAAAAAUACACAAUGAGGCACGUGAGCUUAAGUCAAAAAAGACAUGGCCUAAAAGACCACUUCCUAUGUUGAAAGAAUUAUUAAGGAUUGGAGUUACUGAACGUGAACUUUCUACACCAUCCAAUGACGGAACGUAAACAUUUAAUUUUUAUUUGACUAUGUUUAUUAUGAACUAAGUGUCAAAAAUAUAUUUUGUAGAUAAAACUAAUUAUUUCUACAAGUGUAUUUGAGACCUUAAGACAUGGUAUAAGUUGACAAAGUUUCAGGGUUAUGUGUGAACUGCAUUUCAAAAGGGUAUUAUCAUAAUAUAAGUGAUUCUUAUGAUUCUUAAUAAAAUGAUUGAUUAAGUUUGUGCCACCAAGCGUUGGAUUUUGGUCUUUGUAGGAUAUGUGCAAUUUAUUUAAAUAACAAAAUAUACCAAUAAAAAAACCUACUAUGUAAAUAUAUACUGACCAAAAUGUAUAAACUUAAUGUAUAAAACAUGACACAACCGGACCUGCUUCUAGUUAGCCUUUGGUCAGAGUACGCAAAGCUAGAGAUAGCAGAUAGUUUAGGAAAAUGCUUUGGGAAUUAAAUGAAGCUUUAAUGCUUGGUUAGGGAUUUAAUUCCAUGAGACUUUACUCAGUGAUACUCAAAACCACAGAGUGCCACGGGUCACAAUGGUCUAAUAAAUCUUAUCACAAUUCACUCUUAUAGUUAGAUAGAUGAAUUGUGCAUAUGGCUUUUAGAAAUGUGAUUAUGUCAAACAUAACUCUAUUGAUACAAGAACUUACACAAUAAUCUUGUGCCAUGCAAAAGUUUUUACUUAUCUACUGAAUACUUAUUCAAUCAUUAAGUUUAUAAAAAAUGUAAUUACAAUUUUUAUUAGGUAAAAAACUUGUUGAAUAUUUUGAUCUUUUAAAAU